AUGGAGCUCAACCUGGAGAAACCAAUCAAGAAAAGACGAUGCAAGCCAGAAGACGAUACUCGAAGAAACGGGCUUGAUAGAUUACCUAAUGACAUCGCCCUCGACAUACUCUUAAGGCUUCCUGUCAUAUCUCUACUGCAGUCCAGCUUUGUAUGCAGAUCUUGGCACAACUUACGGCUCGAUCAGAAUCUUGCCACCUUGCAUCUAUCUCAGGCCGUGAAUCGCGAUCCUUUGCUUAUCUUUCACAGUGAUUACCCUCUUCGAAACGAGCUUUGUUUUGCAGAGUUUCCUGCUAGUGAUGAUGAUGAAAAAACUGUGAGAAAAAUCAGCACCCCUUUUUCUGCUUCCAUGCCAGAGUUUACUAUGGAAGGAUCUUGUAACGGAUUACUCUGUUUAUCCGAUACCUUGUACAGGGAGGCCGUGUAUAUUUACAAUCCUUUAACCAGAGACUACAAAGAGCUGCCGAAAACAAGGCAGUAUGAGGACCAGACCGUCGUCUGUGGAUUCGGGUAUCAUCCGGGGACUAAAGAGUACAAGGUCGUCAAGAUAGUCCACCACAGGAUUACGAAUUUUGGGUCUCAGUAUGUCGAAAGGACGAAGAGGCUAGCUAAACUAAGAUCAGAAGUUUUAGUUUUCACUUUAGGAGGCAAUGCCUGGAAAAAUGCUGGACGAGCACCUUUCUCACAUGUCGAUUGGAGGUCUCGGCAAGCUCUGUGUACUAAUGGAAGGCUUCACUGGCUGUCUUUCGGUGAAUACAAUGGCGAAUACAAUAACGUACGCGGAUUGAUCAUCGUUUCUUUUGAUCUCGCUGAUGAGAACUUCUACGAGGUCCCGAGACCUGAUUUCAGCGUGAUUGAUGGCCGCAACUAUCAUUUAGCUGUUCUCAGAGGGUGUCUCUCGGCAGCAGUUUUCGAACACGGUUUACGCAGAGACUUGGAGAUUUGGGUAAUGAAAGAGUACAAUGUGAAAGAGUCCUGGACCAAAGAGUUCAAGUUUAAAGGCUAUGUCCCAGACUCACCCUGGGAUAACUCGUUGCUGCCGGUUCGGAUUCGGGGAAGCGAACCUCGGAGGCUAACACUUAAAGUUCUAUGCGUUUUGGAGAAUGGUGGGAUUUUGAUUGAGUAUCAUUUUGGAAGAUUAGCUGUGUAUGAUCCAGAGGCUGGAAGAUUUAGAAUCAUGAAAUUUAAGGGGAUGCCAAGUUUGUUUCGAACAGUUGUACAUACAGAAAGCUUGAAUCGUAUUGUUCUCCCAAUUCAGUUGUAAGAUGUUAUCUAUGAGCUCGUCCAUAUAGGUUGUUUAACAUUUUUACACACGUCUGACAUAUAUGUACUGUAGUAUACGUUCAGCGGAAAAAUGUUAAACAGAAUUCCAGCACUUUAUAAUGCUUAUGCUUAUGUGUUUUAGUUCAUAA